CAUGGGCGAUAAGUAGAAAUCGUUCUCUGAAGCUUCCGUACGAAUUUGUCAGUGCUUUCGCGGCUGUCGUUCUAACCGGCAUUUUUGACGGGUGGUUCAAGGUGCUAAUUCAGCAUCAGAUUAAGUUUCGGUUUCAAUUUCUGCUCGAACAAUAUUCAGCAAAGUUAGUUGACUGGCGACCGUGAUCGCGAUAACUACACUUUCACUCGGUAGAACGGAUCGAAAUGGCCAAACCUCAACACAUUCUGCAGCUGAGUGAGGAGCAGCGGAGCAGCUUCGUCGGCUCCUUUGACCGUGUGCUCAGCGACAUCGAUGGUGUCCUGUGGACUAUGGAGCACAAUAUUCCACGGGCUGCCGAUGGAUACGCUGCCCUCGAGCGGAAAGGCAAGCAAAUUACCUUCGUCACCAACAACAGCGUUCGUACGGUGAAUAAUUGCGUUAGACGCUUUGCCAAGAUCGGGAUGCAGGUGCAGCCAGAGCAGAUCUGGCAUCCGGCUCAGUCCAUUGUCAACUAUCUCCGUAGCAUCAACUUCCAGGGCCUUAUCUAUAUCAUCGCCACUCAGCCGUUCAAGGAGGUGUUGAGAGAGGCAGGAUUCCAGCUUCUCGACGGACCCAACGAGUUUAUCGAGGAGAGCUACGAGAGUCUGGCCAAGCACAUCUUCGAUAAGGAGCCGGUUCGCGCUGUGAUCAUCGACGUGGACUUCAACCUAAGUUCUCCAAAGCUUCUGCGUGCCCAUCUUUACCUAAGGCGUCCGGAAUGCCUGUUGAUUGGAGGCGCCACAGAUCGACUGCUUCCAGUGGCCAAGGGUGUGAACAUUAUUGGUCCAGGUGCUUUCGCAUCCAUUUUGGUGGAGGCCAGCGGAAGGGAGCCCAUCACAUUGGGCAAACCAGGACGUGCGCUGGGUGAACUGAUCAUUGGUCACUUCAAGAUCGAUCAGCCCCGACGUGUACUCAUGAUCGGAGAUAUGUUGGCUCAAGAUAUUGGCUUUGGUCGGCAGUUUGGCUUCCAAACCCUGCUUGUCCUCAGCGGCGGAUGCACUAGAGAACAGCUUCUUGCGGAGACGAAUCCACUACACAUUCCAGACUAUUAUGCCGAUAGCAUGGCUGAUGUGACCCAAAUGCUGGGUGAAGCGCCCAGGGCGCAUGUUUAGUCGAUGGACAAACUCGAUGUAAGGAAGACCGGGUGUCCUUUUACCCGGAGGGCUAUAUUUAUGGGUACCUGGGUUAUUGAUUCACUAUAUUAUAUCAUCACAAUAUCGUUAUCGUUAUCUGAAAUAUAAAUCACACUAAGCAAACGAAA